AUGUCUAAUAUAAGAUUUUUUGUAUGUGUUUUUCUAGUUCUAUCUACGUUUAUUGAUAAAAUAAAGCCAUUAAAAGAAAAUGAUGGAAGGUUAAAUGUUUCUUUUUUUCAAGCAUCACCACAAAACCACUCAAAGGACCAAGAAGAUGACAAUUCUCAAAAAGACAAACAAAUAAAUAAUCCAAUUAUUAAUCCUAUACCUUUAAGGGAAGGAAGUAGUGAUGCUUUGAAUGAUAACGAGGAAUAUAAUAAAAAUAAAAAUAUAGAUGAAAAUGUUCAUACUAAAGAACAGAACCAAUACUGGGAUAACCAUGGUGAAGGGCAUGAUACUGGACAGAAUGUUGAGCAUAACAUCGAUCAGGGAAAAAAUACCUCCGACCAAGGAGAUGAACAACAUAAAGAUACAUCUAACCAAAUUGGAGAUACUCCUAGUCAUACAAAUGAAGAGCAUAAACGUGAAACUGGUCAUGGUGAAGGCACUACUAGUCAAAGAAAUGAAGAGCAUAAACAUGAAACUGGUCAAGGUGAAGACACUACUAGUCAAAGAGAUGAAGAACAUAAAAAUGAAACUACUCAAGGUGAAGAUACUACUAGUCAAAGAGAUGAAGAACAUAAAAAUGAAACUACUCAAGGUGAAGAUGCUUCCAAUCAAAGAAAUGAAGAACAUAAAAAUGAAACUGGUCAAGGUGAAGAUACUGCUUAUCAUAGAGAUGAAGAGCAUAAAGAUGAAACUACUCAAGGUGAAGAUACUACUAGUCAAAAAAAUGAACAAAAUAAAAAUGAAACUACUCAAGGUGAAGAUGCUUCCAAUCAAAGAAAUGAAGAACAUAAAAAUGAAACUGGUCAAGGCGAAGAUACUGCUUAUCAUAGAGAUGAAGAGCAUAAAGAUGUAACUACUCAAGGUGAGAAUACUUUUGAUUACAGAAAUGAACAGCAUAAAAAUGAAACUACUCAAGGUGAAGAUACUGCUUAUCAUAGAGAUGAAGAGCAUAAAGAUGUAACUACUCAAGGUGAGAAUACUUUUGAUUACAGAAAUGAACAGCAUAAAAAUGAAACUACUCAAGGUGAGAAUACUUUUGAUUACAGAAAUGAACAGCAUAAAAAUGAAACUACUCAAGGUGAAGAUACUGCUUAUCAUAGAGAUGAAGAGCAUAAAGAUGUAACGACUCAAGGUGAAGAUACUUUUGGUUACAGAAAUGAACAGCAUAAAGAUGUAACUACUCAAGGUGAAGAUACUACUGAGCAAAGAAACGAUUAUUAUAAUUUUAACACUGAUGAUAAUAACUAUGGUAAUAAUGAAAAAUCGACUCAAAAUAAUAAUCAGCAAGAAAAUACUGAAAAUUUAAGUAACACAUCAAGUGAUGAAUCUCAUAAUGGAUACAAAGAUAAUGAAGAAAAUGGGAAAACGUCUUCUGAAGAUAGUUCUGUAGAAAAUAAUAUGCAUAAAUUCAGUGGGGCUACAAAUCUACAUGAAAAUAGAGAUGCUUUAAAACUAGACAUGUUUAACGGAAAAGGUAUAUAUACUUCAAUAAAGGAACGAACCAUUCUGGAAAUAAUGAAAUGUGCCGGAGAUGGGAUAACAGGACUUUUGAGAUUAAAAGAAAAUGAUGACGCUAAACAUAUAUUUGAAGAAGCACUAACCAAAUUAAACAUUAAUGAAGAGCAACUUAUUUCAAAUCCAAAUUUGUUAUCACUUGAGAUGUAUGAUAAAAUUUUAUCAGCAAUGUUUAAAAUUAUGACGGAUAUGUCUUUUUAUGAAAAUCCAAAUUUUUAUGAAUCUAUGGGUAUUAAUAAAUCCAUUUUAAAUCAAUCACUAAAAGAAUUAAAAAUUAAGAUGUUAAAAAAAAUUGGAGUAAUUUAUAGUAAAUUACCUCCAAUAAUAAAAGAGAAAAAACAAUCUUGUCCUGUCAAAGAUUAUAUUGUAAGUAUUACAUCUAGAGAAUUAGCACAACGAAUGGCUAUUAUGUUCACAAAAUGGCUAUCUCCUGAAGAAUAUGGAUCUGUAAUAGAUACUUCAAAUAAUAUAGAAUUAAAUGUUUUAUGUGCAGGUUCUUCCAUUUUGAUACAACAACAUAAAUACUUUCAAAAUGUUUUAGGUUUUGAAUUAGAUUAUGAUCAUGCAUAUUUAAGUUUGAUUGAUGAAUUAUUAGCAAUAGAUAAAAGGUAUAAUAAAAAUGAAGAAUAUUCUAAGAUGUUAAAAAAAAUAAAAAAGUCUAAGGUUUUUAAUUACUGUACAAAAAUUAUGAGAAUAGGAGGAAAUGUUUCAUCAGUUCCUUUUAAACAUGAAAAUGUAAAGAAGCCAAGUACUUCAUUAGUUGGAUCUUUGGGUAACUUAGUGAAGGCUCAUAUGAAUACUUAUUAUACUGCUAUAGCAAAAAGAAUAAAUUCUUAUUAUCAUUAUAUUGAAAAAAAAAACAAAAAGUCAAGUCAUUUAAAAAUUAUUUCAGUUUGUACUCUUUUACAUUUAACAGAUAUAUUAUAUAAAUGUUCGGAUGAACAUACGAAGAAUGUAUUCGAUUUUUUCAAUUUGCAAUUAAAUACAUUAAAUAUAGAAGGGAAAAAAAUAUUAAAACCACUUGUUGAAUUAGAUUUCUUAAAUAAUGAAAAAUAUUCUCAUCUUAAGGAAAUUUGUGAACCUACCAAUAAUGUAGUUGAUGAAACAUUAGCCAAGUUAUUAGUACUACUAUCAACUGAAUCACAUGAUUUAUUAGCAAAUGAGCUUGAGAAAAAAGGUCUAGAUGAAGAUUAUGUAAAAGAGGAAAUAAAAAAUAUAAAUGAAGAUGGUGAGAAUGUUAAUGAACAAGGUGAAGAAGAAGUAGAAAAUCUUGUUUUUGAGGAUUUAUAA